ACGCCGCAGUGGCGGUCUUCAUCCCUGCGACGAAGUAGGAGACCCCGAGGGUCGAAUGGCAGCUCUCCGCUAGGUGAUGCGGCAGGAUGAUGCGGAGAUUCCGCUCUGAGCUCUGGGGCGGCCGAAAGCCGAGCAAGCACGCUGCCAGCCGAUCGUGCCACCGGAAACACGUCGAGGACGGAUCGAAAUGGAGGAAGUACCAUCUCCGGCGCCGUCAGGGGAAGGACAGAGUGUUCUCCAUGGAAGGUACGAGAUAGGGAGGGUGAUCGGGCAGGGUACCUUCGCGAAGGUUCACCUGGCGCGGAAUCUCCUCACCGGAAAGGGGGUCGCCAUCAAGGUGGUGGGGAAGGAGAAGGUGAUCCGGGUGGGGAUGAUGGAGCAGGUGAAGCGCGAGAUAUCGGUGAUGAAGAUGGUUGGCCACCCCAACAUCGUGGAGCUCCAUGAGGUGAUGGCGACGCGCACCAAGAUCUACUUCGUCAUGGAGCUGGUCCGCGGCGGGGAGCUUUUCUCCAAGGUGGCCCGUUCAGGUCGCCUCCGUGAGGACGCCGCCCGGCACUACUUCCGCCAGCUCGUCUCCGCCGUCGACUUCUGCCAUGGGCGCGGCGUCUACCACCGCGAUCUCAAGCUGGAGAACCUCCUCCUCGACGAGCAGGGCAACCUCAAGAUAGCCGACUUUGGACUCAGCGCCUUCGCCGAGCACGUCCGCCCCGACGGCCUCUUCCACACCGCCUGCGGCACGCCGGCGUACGUCGCGCCUGAGGUGGUCGGAAAAAAGGGCUACGAUGGGGAGAAAGCCGACCUCUGGUCCUGCGGCGUCAUUCUCUUCGUCCUCCUCGCUGGAUUCCUUCCCUUCCAGGACGAGAACAUCAUUGCCAUGUACAAGAAGACCCGCCGAGGGGACUUCCAGUGCCCGCCGUGGUUCUCGUCGGACGCCCGGCGACUCAUCACCAAGCUGCUCGACCCAAAUCCCAAGACCAGAAUCACGGUCGAGCGGCUCACGGAAACCCCAUGGUUCAAGAAAUCGACGAUCACCAGAUCGCUUUUCGCUCCGCCGGCUUCGGCCACCGCCGCGGAGGAGCCCGAAAUGCUAAACGCCUUCCACCUGAUAUCCUUCUCCGAGGGUUUCGACCUCUCGCGGCUCUUCGUCGGCGGCAAGUGGCGGGAAGAGGUCUUGCGGCUCGUAACGAGGGAGCCGGCGAGCGGCGUGGUGUCGAGACUGGAAGGAUUGGCGGCGGGGAAGUACCGGGUGACGAAGAGCUGCGCGUCAGGGGUGAGGCUGGAGGGCGAGCAGCGGGGCCGGAAGGGGAAGCUGGCGGUGGCAGCAGAGAUCUUCACGGUGGCGCCGUCCGUGCUCGUGGUGGCCGUCCGUCGGGACGGCGGCGAUGCGGCUGAGUACGAGACCUUCUGCAGCGACGAGCUCCGGCCGGCGCUGCAAGACAUCCUCUGGACCUCAUCAUCCGAUGAAGAAACUGCUGCAGCCUGACCGUACGUGUCAAUAUCUUACUGUUUCGGCAUAUAUUGCUCUGUCAGUGUUCAUCCAUGUUCUCCUCCUCCAUUAACAGCCCCCUGUAAGAGCUUUACUUCAUUUCUGAAAUUAGCAGUGUUGUUGUGUCA